GUCACUAACUUGUUUGAGCUUGACAACAUUCACACUGUGCCUUGGGCAGUUCUCAAAGAAGCCGCCUAUACUGAGAAUGGAAACAUCCAUUGGUCACUUUUACGGGAAUAUUGAAUAGUCUAAGCCGGAAAGAGCCUCAGUUGCAGAGCAAUAUCAUAUCAUAAUUGUUCGUAGAAGAAGAGUCGAGAAUUGAUGAUAGUGACCAGGGUGAUCCUGGCUGAUUCAUAUCCCCGCAAACCUUAAGCCACCCACAUCACUUAAUCACAUCUCCUCUCUUGGUAUCAACUUGAACUCUAUCAAACAAAGGGCCAAAGACUCAAGACCGAAGACUAAGACUGGCAACUAACAACUCUACCAUGGCUGCUUGCACUACCUGCAACCAGGAAGAACCUACAGUCCAGCUUAAGCGGUGUGCCAAGUGUUCCACCACGCCAUACUGCUCUCGCGAAUGUCAAAAGACCGACUGGAAAGCCCACAAGAAGAUCUGUGGAAAGCAGGCAGACUCAUUUGCUGAUUCCAACGUCCAUGAUCCAGACGAAAUGAGCCAGUCCCCGAAGAAGGGACUGGAAAAGUCUGUUCCCAACCCCUUUACUCGUCUCGAUAACGGCACUUACUUGCAAAACCGUCCUGAGAAAGACGUCUAUCGACUCCUGAUUGACACAUAUCGCCUCCGUAUGGACGAUAUGUACAACCUUGAAGGUCAAGCAGAUGGAGACAGUCUCUACGGCGGCGCCCCAAACGGACUUCGGGGUUUUCAACGUUUCUUGCGACAGGCGUCAGUUCGAAGAGGAGUACUUCCUUCAUGGUGGACACCAGAGAAGCAGCAAGAGUGUGAGAACUUAGGAAUGGACUUGAGUCAGUGGCAGAACUUGAAGACGACGACGAGCAAGCAGGAGAUCAUUGACUACUAUGGAGAUCCUCGUUUCCCUAUGCAGUUGCGUAUGCUUGGAGAGGCUGUGUAUCUGAGUGCCCCUGGAGGAGGCGAUGGUUCACAGAUGAGAAAGAUGAUGGCUGCGAUGGAGGGAGGUGGACUGUAAUGAAUAGAGAUGUCCAUGAUAGAUGCUUCGUCAUUCCGUCACUGAAGGGUGUUAGAACACAUCUGCAUCCAAUGUUCUGCAAAAGUUGUAGAUGGCAUACGUCUCAUUAGGUCA